AUGUUUAUGAUAAGACGUCCUCAACAAGUUCCUAAGCCAACACAGGAGGUCAAAAUUGGUAUCAUUGGGAUACCUUUUAGACAUGGACAGCCUAAGGAUGGCGUCCAGAACGGACCAGACCACAUCAGGAAAACAGGACUUAUCGAAGCUUUAAAGGAAAUACCAGGUGUGAAGGACGUCAAAGACUAUGGUAACAUGUGUGAAAAAAUUCCCCAAAAAGAUCUAUCUUUGGAAGAAAGAAGACGAAAACAUGUUAUUGACUGCAAUAAAUUGUUAUCAGAAAAAGUUGCGAAGUUCUAUAUAUGGACAUCACUGGCGAAAAAAGAAGACCAAGAUGUAGCCGUGGUGUGGAUAGAUGCCCAUGCUGAUAUCAACACCCACAAAUCAUCAGAUUCGGGAAAAAUGCAUGGAAUGCCCAUGAGCCAUCUCUUAGAGGAACUUAGGAACGAUAAGGAAUUGUGGCCUGGAGUUUUACCAGGAAUGGAGUGGUGUAAACCAUGGUAUAUAAAAUCAUCUAAUUAA